AUGUGCUUUGUAACGUUUUUUUAUGUUGCACGACAGGAAGUGUCGAUUUGCAUCCUCGAUGCAUUGAACACUACGCUGCAGAAAUAUAACACUAUCACGGUGCUUAAAUUACCCAGUUGUCAGAUAAAUGCCUAUGGUAUCCUGCAGAUAACACAGAUGCUGACGGAAUUUGAAUGUUUGAACGAUUUGAAUUUAGAUGACAAUCCGAAUCCGCAGGAAAAUUAUUAUCUGCUUUGUGCACCGGCAAAAAAUUUACGCUAUCUGUCACUGAGGAUGUGUAAAUUAUCCGAUAACGGUAUACAAAAGAUCGCAAACGAGUUGAAGUAUCGAGACCCACCAAACGACCCAAAAUUGAUCGCUCUCAAUGUGGCGGAUAACAACAUUACGGACAUUGGUGCCGAGUAUAUCGCUGAGAUGCUUCGAACUAAUCGAUCUUUGCAGAGCGUGGUGUUAACCGGAAACGAGAUACAAGACGACGGAGCUUCACUGAUAAUUCAGGAACUUGUCAUGUCCACUUUGACUCACGAAGAAAUUGUCGGCCUCAGACGUCGCAGAUUUAUCGAGCUGGAGGGCAAGUUGGACAGUCGAGAUACUCAAGAAAGGGAGCAACGGAGAGAAAAUGGAACAUGGCAAUACCAAAAUCUACUUCAAAAUUCUAUAAAAAGUAUAUUUAGUGCUUCCCUGCAAUUUGUUUUAAAAUUCGUUUCAUGA